AAAGCCAGAAAGUUUUCUUUUAAACUAAUCAAACUAAAAGAAUUACCCUGAACGUGUUAUAUACAUCGUGUAAUUAAGAAUUGACACACUCGAAUUAAUUGACUGAUUGAUUAAUUAACACGGUAUUCUGAUUGAUUUUAUUCUUUAAGACAAGUCGACACGAAAAAAACAACACACCAACUUUCCAAAUUUUUAUUUUGGUAUCUAACUUUACGGCAUUAACAUUCAAAGUAAGAUCAGACGAAAAUGGGUUUAUCUAUUUCCAAGUUGUUUAACGGCCUUUUUGGUAACAGAGAAAUGAGAAUCUUAAUGGUUGGUUUAGAUGCUGCUGGUAAGACCACCAUCUUGUACAAAUUGAAAUUAGGAGAAAUCGUUACCACCAUUCCAACCAUCGGAUUCAACGUUGAAACUGUGGAGUAUAAGAACAUUUCAUUCACUGUAUGGGAUGUUGGUGGACAAGAUAAGAUCAGACCUUUAUGGAGAUACUAUUUCCAAAACACUCAAGGGAUUAUUUUCGUUAUUGACUCCAAUGAUAGAGAUAGAAUUGCUGAAGCCAGAGAAGAAUUGCAACAAAUGUUGAACGAAGAUGAAUUGAGAGAUGCAUUAUUAUUAGUUUUUGCUAACAAGCAAGAUUUGCCAAACGCUAUGAAUGCCACUGAAAUAACUGAAAAAUUGGGCUUACACUCUAUCAGACAAAGACCUUGGUACAUUCAAUCCACCUGUGCCACCACUGGUGAUGGUUUAUACGAAGGUUUGGAAUGGUUGUCUACUAACUUGAAGAACUCGUCUUGAUCUUGAAAGAUUCGUGGAUCUAAAAUUAUCUAGGAUUUCAACCAAUAUAUUGCUAUUAUUAAUGUCUGCUUUUUAAUCGUUUAGUUUUAUCAGUUUGUUUGUUAAAUCCUUUAAUCUUGAUCCUUUAUAUAUGAGGAUGUAUUCUUGUAUGUAUAUCUCUUAAUCUUAUACAAGUAUUAACUAUUUAU